AAGAAUUGCAACAGAUAAUCACAAUCCAUCUUCAGUUUCGAAGGAACACAUUGCCUUGCGUUAUUCAUAGUAUAUUCAAAGGAUCUACCCAAAAAAAUGGUGUCCCGGAUUGUUAUUUUCUGUGCAGCCUUCGUCGCCGCCUGCUUUGGAGGUGUUCAAGCAGGCUUGGCAUAUUCGGCUGCUCCUGCGGUGGCCUCUUACCUACCAAGUGCUCUACAUGCAGCACCAAUCGCCGCUCCUGUGCUCCGUUAUUCACCUGCAACCGAAGUAAGCCAUGUAUACAGCUCAUUAGCUGCACCAGCUGCUCUCGCUUACGCUCCAAGUCAGAUCGCUUACUCCUCACCAGCCAUUGGAAGCACCCAGCAAAAUAUUAUUCGAUCCUUUGAUGGAACAGUGUCACAACAUUCUAAGGCUGUAGACACUGCCUUCUCCAGCGUCCGGAAGGUGGAUACCCGCGUCAAUAACAAGGUCUACUCUCCAGCUUUAGCUCUAGCUGCUCCAGCCUCAGGACUAUCGUAUGCUGCACCAAGUUUGUACGCUUCUGCCAGUCCAGUCCUUCCUUUGGCCGCUAAAACCAUUUCCUAUGGAGCUGCCCUAGCUGCCCCGAUUGCACAUGUUUCAUUCGACGGAUAUGGAGUGCAUUAUGCUUAUUGAAAUGGAAAGGAUUUAAUGUUCGCACCGAGCUACACUUAGGCUAAUAAACUUUUUGGAAAAACUA